UUAGUUUGACGGCAGUUUUGGAUGAGCUCCGGUGACCUGCCUACAACAGCGCGAAACCGACGACUGAGAACAAUUGAUGUCUUCAUGCGCUGACCAGGGCACUACAUUCAAAGCCACCGCCGCCGAGGCGUACGAACACAACGAAUGAAUAAAUCAGGAUCUAGCGCCUAACGCGCUAUCCGCCCGAUACAAAGGGUAUAGCUGGUAUAGCCCCCACUAUCAUCAUCAUCAUCGCCUCCCUUUCUGCAAAUGGGUCACGAUAAGUGGCAGUUGAUGGUCGAGACACCUACAAAAGCCGUGCCUGUAGUCAAGUUCUCGAAUGGAUGUCUUCGGCAAACUCAUGAAAUGCCGGUGCGUGUGUAUAAGCGAAAAAGCUCAGCGGAAAAGUCAUGUGUAAGCCAUAAAGUUUUUGUGGCAAGUACUGAUCACGUGGAUUACGUAGGAGAAUACCAUCGGAACAACUCCUUGGUCCAACAGUUGCUAGCCAUCGAAGACGGAAAAUACGUACGGCUUUACCCAGCCGAGCUUGUUACACUAGCCCCGUACAUUCAGCGUCCCGAAAGCCGCACAAAGGCGAAGGAAGGUGAUAGCUAUCGAGGCCAAGUAGAUGCACUAGCGUCGGCUUUCGGGAGCAAAAGGAAGCGUCGAGCGGUGGAAAGCCGGCUACGACUUGAAGUGCAGGAAUCGAACCUUCAGUUAUCUGCAAGUGCAACUCUCGGAGAGAUUCAAGAGUCUGCAGUCCUGAAGGAGACUGUCGAAGAAACUAGUACUGUCAGUGCAAUUCCGCCGCAGAACAAAAAUGCAGUCAUCCCUCAAGACGUGUACCCAAUAGAAGCCAUUGUCCAGGCUGACGAUCACCCGUACCUUGACCAACUGGCAACCCCAUUGCUGAGUGCUGGAGCGGAAGAGAUUGAACAAUGGAGGGCAGACGCCACUUACUCUGAUUAUGUGUUGCAACGUGUGCUGCGCAUGUCCAAGGACCCAGAGAAUCGAGAACUGGAAUCUCGGCUUCUGGUUUACUACCAGUUACUUGUGAACCUGUCUCGAAUGCGACCCAAGGACUUUCUGCGCAAGGAUCCAAUGCCAAACGUUGAAGAGCCCAUUAAGCAGAAGCUCUUAAACACAUUUACAUUGAGUGCAAGGAACGAGCAAGGAAUCUGCAAACGUACAUUUCCAGAUAGGUUGAGGGACAAGGUAUUUGCCUACCUACUUGUCUUGGUGCUUAUCCUUGAAGACUACAAGGCAGAUCUACAGCUUGUACAGCCAGACACAAAGGCAUCUACUUCUCGUCUCGUCAACAUUGGUUAUGCACUCGGUUGUCACGUGGGGACACACCGUCUUCCGGGCUCCCACAUUAGCACAAAAUAUCUGGAGCUCAAGUUACCGCUGCACAAUGGGCUGCGUCCAAAAAAGAUGCGUAAAUAAAGUAAAAAGGCCUGUGAAAAAAAUGGGUAAUUGUAACCAUG